GAUGUCUAUCUCCACUCAGCUGGGUCUGCUGCUGUGGAAGAACUUCACCUACAGAAGGAGACAAACGCUCCAACUGCUGACGGAGAUUGUGUGGCCUCUCUUUAUUUUCUUCAUUCUGAUCGCUGUGAGGUUGAACUACCCGCCUUAUGAGCAACAUGAAUGUCACUUUCCCAAUAAAGCCAUGCCCUCAGCAGGCACCCUGCCCUGGAUCCAGGGCAUUGUCUGCAAUGCCAACAAUCCAUGCUUCCGACACCCAACCCCUGGGGAAUCUCCAGGAGUCGUUGGGAACUUUAAUGAUUCUAUAAUCUCACGUCUGUUUUCUGAUGCCAAGAAAAUCUUACUGUACAGUCAAAAUGACAAGAGCUUAGACGGAUUCAAGGAGCUUAUCAGUGCAGUAAAAGUCAUGCAAAAUAACACAUCUGGUUUCAAACUGAAGGACUUCCUGCGUGAAAAUGAAACCCUUUCCACGUUCCUCCAACAAAACGCCUCCUUUUCCCAUAAUUAUGUACAGAAUGUGCUGGAAGCUGAUGUGAAUCUUGAAAAGGUGCUGAUCAAAGGUUUUGGCGUCCAUCUGAGAGACAUGUGCAGCACCACCACACUUGAGGAUUUUGUGAGCAUCCCAGACGAAAGGGUGGCGAGAUUCACCCAGGACCUCAUCUGCAGCUCUCCCAAUAGCUGGCUAGACCAGGCCGAGAGACACUUCAAGUCCAACUUGGAUUUCCUCAAACCUAUUAGGUCAGACAUAAGGACUAAUGCCACUGAUGUCGGUCUAGUUGCCAAAGCCACAGACAACCUUCUGGAGAGCCUGGGAUCACUGGCUGUGGAGCUGGCCAGUAUGAGGAGCUGGAGUGACCUGCGAAACGAAAUCUUGUUUCUGACAGAAAACGCCACCGACUCACCGAGUCUGAUGUACCAGGCUGUGUCCCGAAUCGUGUGUGGACAUCCAGAAGGCGGUGGCCUCAAGAUCAAAUCCCUCAACUGGUACGAGGACAGCAACUUCCAGGCACUGUUCGGCAGCCACAACGACAGUGAUGACGAACCGGUUUCAGUCUAUGACAACACCACCACUCCGUACUGUAACAACUUGAUGAAGAACAUGGAAGCCAGUCCCAUCUCUCGAAUGAUCUGGAGAGCAUUGAAACCUCUCCUGAUGGGGAAGAUCCUCUACACGCCACACAGCCCUGCAACACAGAAGAUCAUUCAUGAGGUCAACAAGACAUUUCAGGAGCUCGGAAUUCUACGAGAUUUAGGAGGAAUGUGGGAAGAAGCCAGACCGAAGGUUUGGAAUUUCAUGGAGAACAGUGAAGAAAUGGAUCUGAUGCGGACGCUUCUUCGAAACAAUGCCACUGCUAGUUUUUUCAGUGCCCAGUUGGCUGGGACUCAGUGGAGCGUGGAGGAUGUUACAAGAUUCUUGUCUAAGCACUCCGAGGACACGUGUCCCCAUGGAACGGCAUUUACGUGGCGGGACGUCUUCAAUGAGAUGGACCAGGCCAUUAUGAGCAUAUCCCGUUUCAUGGAGUGUGUAAACCUGGAUAAACUUGAACCUGUGAGCACAGAGGAGAAACUGGUGAACGAGUCCAUAAGUCUCCUGGAUAACAGAAAGUUUUGGGCAGGAAUUGUGUUUCUGGACAUGCAGUCCAACAGCUCUGAACUUCCCCCACACGUCAAUUACAAGAUCCGCAUGGACAUUGACAAUGUGGAGCGCACAAACAAGAUUAAAGAUGGGUAUUGGGAUCCUGGUCCCAGGGCUGAUCCGUUUGAGGAUUUGCGGUAUAUUUGGGGAGGAUUUACUUACCUUCAGGAUGUAGUUGAACACAGCAUCAUCAGAGCAGUUACUGGGACCAAAGAGAAGACUGGUGUUUACAUCCAACAGAUGCCUUAUCCAUGUUACGUAGAUGAUAUUUUCCUUCGCAUUAUGAGCCGUUCCAUGCCACUUUUCAUGACUCUGGCCUGGAUGUACUCAGUGGCCAUCAUCAUCAAAGGUGUCGUCUAUGAGAAGGAGGCCCGGCUCAAGGAGACCAUGAGGAUUAUGGGAUUGGACAAUGGAAUCCUGUGGUUCAGCUGGUUCAUUAGCAGCCUCAUCCCUCUUCUCAUCAGCGCAGGCCUGCUGGUUCUUUUACUCAAGAUGGGUAAUCUCCUGCCCUAUAGUGACCCUGGCGUAGUCUUCCUCUUCCUCGGGUCAUUCGCCGUGGUAACCAUCAUGCAGUGUUUUCUGAUCAGUACGGCGUUCGCACGUGCCAACCUGGCAGCGGCUUGCGGGGGCAUUAUCUACUUCACCCUCUACCUGCCUUAUGUGCUCUGUGUGGCUUGGCAAGACUACGUGGGCUUCACUGCCAAAGUCAUCGCUAGCUUACUGUCUCCAGUGGCAUUUGGAUUUGGCUGUGAGUAUUUUGCCCUGUUUGAGGAGCAAGGUGUGGGCAUCCAAUGGAAUAACCUCUUCUCUAGCCCCAUGGAAGAAGACAACUACAACCUCACCACCUGCCUCAUCCUCAUGUACUUUGAUGCCUUCCUGUAUGGGGUCAUGACCUGGUACAUUGAGGCAGUGUUCCCAGGGCAGUAUGGCAUUCCCAGGCCAUGGUACUUCCCUUUCACGAAAUCCUACUGGUUUGGAGAGCGCAACACAAACAAUACUAGAGCAGUUACUGGGACCAAAGAGAAGACUGGUGUUUACAUCCAACAGAUGCCUUAUCCAUGUUAUGUAGAUGAUAUUUUCCUUCGCAUUAUGAGCCGUUCCAUGCCACUUUUCAUGACUCUGGCCUGGAUGUACUCAGUGGCCAUCAUCAUCAAAGGUGUCGUCUAUGAGAAGGAGGCCCGGCUCAAGGAGACCAUGAGGAUUAUGGGAUUGGACAAUGGAAUCCUGUGGUUCAGCUGGUUCAUUAGCAGCCUCAUCCCUCUUCUCAUCAGCGCAGGCCUGCUGGUUCUUUUACUCAAGAUGGGUAAUCUCCUGCCCUAUAGUGACCCUGGCGUAGUCUUCCUCUUCCUCGGGUCAUUCGCUGUGGUAACCAUCAUGCAGUGUUUUCUGAUCAGUACGGCGUUCGCACGUGCCAACCUGGCAGCGGCUUGCGGGGGCAUUAUCUACUUCACCCUCUACCUGCCUUAUGUGCUCUGUGUGGCUUGGCAAGACUACGUGGGCUUCACUGCCAAAGUCAUCGCUAGCUUACUGUCUCCAGUGGCAUUUGGAUUUGGCUGUGAGUAUUUUGCCCUGUUUGAGGAGCAAGGUGUGGGCAUCCAAUGGAAUAACCUCUUCUCUAGCCCCAUGGAAGAAGACAACUACAACCUCACCACCUGCCUCAUCCUCAUGUACUUUGAUGCCUUCCUGUAUGGGGUCAUGACCUGGUACAUUGAGGCCGUGUUCCCAGGGCAGUAUGGCAUUCCCAGGCCAUGGUACUUCCCUUUCACGAAAUCCUACUGGUUUGGAGAGCGCAACACAAACAAUACUGCAGUUCAUGGAAAGAAGGGAAAUGCUGGGGCUGUCUGCAUUGAAGAGGAACCCACUCACCUUGAAUUGGGAGUUUACAUUAAGAAUCUUGUGAAGGUCUACCGUCAUGGCAAAAAGCUAGCAGUCGAUGGGUUGACACUUGGCUUCUAUGAGGGGCAAAUAACUUCUUUCCUAGGUCACAAUGGAGCUGGAAAAACCACCACCAUGUCUAUCCUAACUGGCCUUUUCCCUCCCACCUCUGGCACUGCAUAUAUAAUGGGCAAAGAUAUUCGCUCAGAGCUCAGUUCGAUCAGACAGAGCCUCGGAGUGUGUCCACAACACAACGUCCUCUUUAGCAUGCUGACAGUAGAAGAGCACAUCUGGUUCUACGCCCGUCUGAAGGGUCUGUCUGAGGAGGAAGUGAAGGCUGAGACGGAGCAGAUUCUGACUGAUACCGGCCUUCCACAGAAACGCAAAUCCAGGACCAGCCAACUGUCCGGUGGUAUGCAGAGGAAACUCUCGGUAGCCCUUGCUUUUGUUGGAGGGUCAAAGGUUGUUAUUCUGGACGAGCCCACUGCUGGUGUGGACCCAUACGCUCGAAGAGGCAUCUGGGACCUUCUUCUGAAGUAUCGUGCAGGUCGGACUAUCAUUCUUUCCACCCAUCAUAUGGAUGAAGCGGAUAUUCUGGGCGAUCGUAUUGCUAUCAUCUCCCAUGGAAAGCUUUGUUGUGUGGGCUCUUCGCUCUUUCUUAAGACUCAACUGGGAACUGGAUACUAUCUUACCUUGGUGAAGAAAAACACGGAGCCUUCUCUCAGUUCUUGCAGGAACUCGAGCAGCACUGUGUCCUUUGUUAAGAAAGAUGACAAUGCAUCUGAGAGCAGUUCGGAUGCUGGUCUAGGUAGUGACCAAGAGAGCGAAGCCGCCACAGCGAUUGGAACUACAUGGCCCGAAUCUCCUGUUGUUCCUGUUGAUGUGGCCCUCAUCUCCAGUCUAAUCCUGAAGCACGUUCCCGCGGCCCGCAUGGUGGAAGACCUUGGUCAUGAGAUCACAUAUGUGUUGCCAUACGAGUCUGCCAAAGAUGGUGCAUUCGUUGAGCUCUUCCAUGACAUGGAUGAUCGCCUCGCUGACCUUUGCAUUUCAAGCUAUGGUGUCUCAGAUACUACACUUGAAGAGAUUUUCCUUAAAGUGGCAGAGGACAGUGGAGUUGACACAGAAAUCAUCUCAGAUGGAACUCUGCCAGUGCGCAGACAUAGACAACACUCAUUUGGUGCUGACCACCAGAGCUGCCUCAAACCCCUGACUGAAGAUGAAAACUUUGACUGCAACGACUCUGAUGGUGAUCCAGAAUCGAAAGAGACAGACUAUUUGAGCGUUUCCAAUGGGAAAGGAUCAUUUCAGGUGAAAGGCUGGAGUUUGAAGAGGCAACAGUUUGUGGCUUUGUUGUGGAAGAGAUUGCUUUAUGCUCGCCGCUCAAGGAAAGGCUUCUUCGCACAGAUUGUUCUUCCCGCUGUGUUUGUAUGCAUCGCUCUGGUGUUCAGUCUUAUUGUGCCACCAUUCGGAAAAUAUCCCAGCCUGGCUCUUAAUCCCUGGAUGUAUGAAGAACAGUUUACUUUCAUCAGUGAUGAUGCUCCACAUGAUAUAAGCACACAAAAAUUACUCAACGCUUUGUUAGAUGAUCCUAGCUUUGGAACGCGAUGCAUGGAAGGAGAACCAAUUCCUGAUGCUCCCUGUACAAUGGGCGAUGAGGAAUGGUCUACUCCAGAAGUGGCAGAAAGUGUGAUGGACAUUUUCACAUCAACAAACUGGACCAUGGACAACCCAUCGCCUGCUUGCGAGUGCAGCUGUAAUGGUAAAAAGAAGAUGCUCCCAGAAUGCCCUGCUGGUGCAGGUGGACUGCCACCUCCUCAGAUUAAGAUCAGUGAGACUGAGACCCUCCAGAACCUGACGGGACGAAACAUCUCAGACUAUCUAGUGAAGACCUACGCACAGAUCAUUGGGAAAAGCUUAAAGAACAAGAUAUGGGUGAACGAAUUCAGAUAUGGAGGAUUUUCAUUGGGUGCUAGAAGCACUCAGGUACUUCCUCCUGCUGAGGAGAUUGAUGAUGCCAUCUCUAGAGUCAGGGAAAUCUUCCAACUGGGGAAGGACUCAGGAUCAGCGGCCGACCGUUUCUUGAAAAGCCUGUCUGCCUUCAUCAAUGGGCUGGACACUAAGAAUAAUGUCAAGAUAUGGUUCAAUAACAAGGGCUGGCACGGUAUUGGAGCUUUCCUCAAUGUAAUGAACAAUGGUAUCUUGCGUGCCAGCUUGCCGCCUGGCAAAGACGCCCGUCAGUUUGGCAUCACUACGUUCAACCAUCCGCUCAAUCUGACCAAGGAACAGCUUUCUCAAGUGGCCCUAAUGACUACCUCAGUGGAUGUGCUGGUUUCCAUCUGUGUGAUCUUCGCCAUGUCCUUUGUCCCCGCCAGCUUCGUUGUCUUCCUCAUUCAGGAGCGAGUGAAUAAGGCCAAGCACAUGCAGUUUAUCAGUGGAGUUCAGCCAUUCCUCUACUGGCUGGCCAACUUUCUCUGGGAUAUGUGCAAUUAUGUCGUCCCUGCUACUCUGGUGAUCGUGAUCUUUGUGUGCUUUCAACAAAAAGCCUACGUCUCCGCCACCAACCUGCCUGUUCUUGCCCUUCUACUGCUUCUUUAUGGAUGGUCCAUCACUCCUCUUAUGUACCCGGCUUCAUUCCUCUUCAAAAUCCCAAGCACCGCUUACGUGGUUCUCACUAGCGUCAACAUCCUCAUUGGGAUCAAUGGCAGCGUGUCCACUUUUGUCAUGGAGUUAUUUGGAAAUAAUGAGAUUGGUGGCAUUAAUGACAUCCUGAAGAACGUUUUGCUCAUCUUUCCACAUUUUUGCCUGGGUCGAGGUCUCAUCGACAUGGUGAAGAAUCAGGCCAUGGCUGACGCUCUGGAGAGAUUUGGUGAGAACCGUUUCCGUUCUCCAUUGGAGUGGGACAUGGUGGGCAAGAAUCUUUUUGCUAUGGCUGUGGAAGGAGUGGUUUUCUUCAUCAUCACAGUCCUUAUCCAGUACCGUUUCUUCUUUGAACCCAAGUCUUUAAGUGCCAAGUUGAGUCCGAUUGGAGAGGAGGAUGAGGAUGUGGCCAGAGAGAGGCAGAGAAUCAUGAGUGGAGCUGGACAGGGAGACAUUCUUGAACUCCGACAACUCACUAAGGUGUACAAGCGGAAACAGAAGCCCGCUGUUGAUCGUCUAUGUGUUGGCAUUCCUCCAGGAGAGUGCUUCGGUCUGCUUGGUGUCAACGGAGCCGGAAAGACCAGUACUUUUAAAAUGCUGACCGGAGACUGUGUGGUCACCAAAGGAGAAGCAUUCUUGGCUGGGAAAAGUAUACUCAGAGAAAUAGAUGAAGUACAUCAGAACAUGGGCUACUGCCCUCAGUUUGAUGCUAUCAACGAUCUGCUGACAGGACGGGAACACCUGGAAUUCUACGCCAUCCUGCGUGGUGUACCUGAAAAGGAAGUUUGUGAGGUGGCAGAGUGGGGAAUCCGUAAACUGGGCCUCGUAAAGUACGUGGACAAGAAAGCAGGAAGCUACAGCGGUGGCAACAUGCGCAAACUCUCCACCGCCAUUUCACUCAUUGGAGCCCCACCAGUGGUCUUCCUGGACGAGCCCACCACUGGAAUGGACCCCAAAGCACGACGAGCACUGUGGAACUGCAUCCACAGUGUCAUCAAAGAGGGACGCUCUGUCCUACUUACCUCACACAGCAUGGAAGAAUGUGAAGCGCUGUGCACCAGGAUGGCCAUCAUGGUGAACGGCAGGUUCCGCUGUCUGGGUAGCGUCCAACACCUGAAGAACAGAUUUGGAGAUGGGUACACCAUCAUUCUGAGGGUUGCAGGGCCAGAUCCUGACCUGCAGCCGGUGAUGAAGUUCAUUGAGAGCGAGCUGCCGGGAAGCACCCUGAAAGAAAAACACAGAAACAUGCUGCAAUACCAGCUCCCCUCCUCCCUCACCUCCCUCGCUCACAUCUUCAGCAUCCUCGCUAAGAACAAAGAGUUUCUCCGGAUAGAGGACUACACCGUGUCCCAGACCACUUUGGACCAGGUAUUUGUUAACUUUGCCAAGGACCAAAGUGACGACCAUUCAGAGAGCUCCAUUCGUCGUAAAGAGACAGCGAUCAACAUGGCCCUCCUGAGCCCUCUGUCUAUUAAAGAGAACACGGAGAAGCCAAUAGAAAGCUUUGUGUGAGCCGGAGUCUCUCUUUACACUACAUGCUAACAGGAGCCAGUGGAUUCCACUUAUUUCACAAUGUUUCUGUCUGAAGAUAAAUGUCUUCACCGGUCAGCUGAGAGGCUGAUACUGCAGCCGAGAUACUCAAUGCAAGUCAAUGCAAAAGAAAUUGAAAAGACUUCUUUCGUGUUUCUAGCAUGGCUGAAUCUGAACCAUGUUAGUCACAGUGUUAAAAACUUGAAGCCAUAAUUUCUGGUGUAUACUGACUGCACAGACUGUAUUUUGCGCAGUCGUCAAUAGAGAUCGAUUUUCAUCGUGCAAGAUAAUCGGGCCGAUGGAGAAAUGCCAAUGAUCAAUAAUUCAGGGUCAGUGUCUUUGUAUUUUAUUUUCUUAAGACUAGAAGACUGGGAAUCACAUGCUGAAGAAUCAUAAUUGUUUGCGUGGCUAAGGGCUGAACUGCAAAACUGAAAAUUGUACUAUGUUAAAAUGAUUUUGUUUUUAAUAUGUCAUUAUUUAUAAACAAGCAAUUGUUUUAGAUGUUUUAAAAAGUCAGAAGGGGCAUUAUUUUAUAGGCUGUUCUAUCCAAGAGUGACUUAUGUUAUCUUUAUACAUGCCUUUGUGCAUGGGCAAAACAAAAAAGUGAUUGAUUUUGUAGGGUUUUUUUUUUUUAUAAAAUAAUAAAAUAAAGUUUA